AAAAUUCUAAAUCUAUCACGUACUAGGGUUAGUGAAGUUCUAGAGACCAUUAGCAUGCUUCCUUGCUUGCAAAGAUUGGAAUUGCUGGCUUGUCAUCAAAUUCAAAAGUUGCCGAUGCUCCCAAUUAGUUUAACCCACCUACAAUUUGAAUCCGCAUUGUUGCGAGUAAUCCCAGAUCUCUCAAACUUGACUAAUUUGGUUGAGCUGUAUCUAGAUGAUGGAGGAGAAAGAGGUAAACAUUGUACUGGUGGGUUUUCGUGGAUUGAGAGGUUAUCCAAGCUGACUAAAUUGAGCUUGAGACUUAACCAUGUUAGAUCUGCCAUUCAUAUGGAAACUUUUCCGCAACUUCCCUCAUCUCUACAAAAUCUAGGUCUCAGUGAUAUUCGUCAAAUCGAGUCACUAUGUCCGAACAUGAGAAAUCUGUUACAUCUAUAUCUCUCUAGAAUUCAGAGGCAGGUAUUUGAAUUCGAUGGGCUUCAACUUCUACAUUUGAGGGAGUUGUCAGUGCAAGAGUGUUUCAUCCUCAAGAGACUUAGGCUAUCAAGCAUGAGGAAGCUAAAAGACGUACGGGUGAGCCUUUGCUCUUCGCUAGAUCGGAUCCAAUUUCCUUGGGUGUUCGAUUCACUGGAGGCAUUGUCUAUUGGAGGUUGCAAAUCCUUGAAAUGGAUAGUUUAUGUGAAGGAAACUGGACAGGAUAAUAGUGAAUAUGCUAAUGAGUUGAUUACUUCCGAAGCGAGAGUAAUCCUUCCAUCAAGAGCCUUGAAUAAGUUGCAAAGUUUCAUGCUGUCGAAUUGCCGGCAAAUACACGAGAUUCAAAUUGUUGGUACGUUUGAAGUGUUGGAAUGCUUCGAGGUUCGUGAUUGUCCUUCACUGGAAAGUCUUGGUGGUUUGUCAAACUCAAAGAACCUUCAGCAUUUAUGCAUCGGCGAAAACAAUGCGCUCCGGGAUAUCGAAGGCCUCAAGUGCGGAUCCUCGGAAAGUUUGAUUGAUGUAUUGAGCACCAAAUUGCCAAUUCAUUGCCACAUAAAAAUCUUUGGCGGCACGAAGAUCUUCGAGGGCACCCUCGAGUCCUGCAAGCACCAGGUACAGAAGCAGAGAAGGCUGAACUUCAACACUUUUAUCCACUGCAUCCUCCCCUGUUUUUUCCGGCUUGAUUAAGAAGCCGCCUCAAACUGGAAUUAGAGCAGAGGAGAAGGCUGGGGAGAGUGUUGUUCUGAUGCAAGAAGUUCAGCAGAUUGUGAUGUCGAUAUUGCUGGUGAAGAUGGCAAGCUG